AUGCGCUUAUCAGGAAUGUGUAUUUCUGGUUUUAUUGCCAGUGAAAUAGUUCUGGCUUAUGAACAUAUUUAUUCAAACACUUCAACGGUGUCGAGCUACUCUGAAAAUGUUGAAUCUGAAGAACAAACCACAACAUGGGUUUCAGUAACAUCGACAACUGGACAAAAAGAAGUUGUAACCACUUCUCCUGCUUUGGUUUCACUCAGUACAUUGACACUGGAUGAUGUGGUGACAGUUUUCACUACAUGGUGCCCAUUGACUGAAACUGAGAGUGGCACCGCUUCUUCCGCUGAGGUUACCGGUACAGAACCUGGGACUACCAGCACGGAACCUGAGGACACUACCGAGAUGUCCAUCACAUCCUGGCAAACAGUGACUAUUUCUACUGAAGUAUGCGAUGAAGAUUAUAUUUGCACUGAUACUACGUAUGUGCACUCAGUUCCAAUUUACGUUUCAGUUACCGACACUGAUGAAGAGACUGAUACUACAAAUAAAUAUUCUACUGAAGAUCUUGAGCACACCGCUACUACUCCUAAUACACUGACUUCAUCAACCAUUCUUGAAGAAGAGAGUUCAGAUGCGUUAACUCAGUCAACAGCUGCUGAUUCAGAAAGUUCGGAAAUUAUUCGAUCUUCUACUCUCACCACAGCCGAUGAACGAGGAGUCACUAUCACCACAGUUGAAUCGUCCUCCCUUUCUACUCAUACAACGGUAGUAAACGGUGUUGUUACUGUGUAUACAACCUGGUGUCCAUUAACUGAAACAUCCGCAUCUGAAUCUGUUUCAACUACCGAAGAUGUAUCCACCGGUGAAUCAACCGAAUCCUCUGAAAGUCCUACAUCUACCGAAGAUGUAUCAACUGAUGAAUCGACAUCGACUACCGAAGCUGCUUCAACUAGCGAAAAUGUAUCCACCGCGGAAUCAACCGAAUCCUCUGAAAGUCCUACAUCUACCGAAGAUGUAUCCACCGGUGAAUCAACCGAAUCCUCUGAAAGUCCCACAUCUACCGAAGAUGUAUCAACUGAUGAAUCGACAUCGACUACCGAAGCUGCUUCAACUAGCGAAAAUGUAUCCACCGCGGAAUCAACCGAGUCCUCUGAAAGUCCUACAUCUACCGAAGAUGUAUCAACUGAUGAAUCGACAUCGACUACCGAAGCUGCUUCAACUAGCGAAAAUGUAUCCACCGCGGAAUCAACCGAAUCCUCUGAAAGUCCUACAUCUACCGAAGAUGUAUCCACCGGUGAAUCAACCGAAUCCUCUGAAAGUCCCACAUCUACCGAAGAUGUAUCAACUGAUGAAUCGACAUCGACUACCGAAGCUGCUUCAACUAGCGAAAAUGUAUCCACCGCGGAAUCAACCGAGUCCUCUGAAAGUCCUACAUCUACCGAAGAUGUAUCAACUGAUGAAUCGACAUCGACUACCGAAGCUGCUUCAACUAGCGAAAAUGUAUCCACCGGUGAAUCAACCGAAUCCUCUGAAAGUCCCACAUCUACCGAAGAUGUAUCAACUGAUGAAUCGACAUCGACUACCGAAGCUGCUUCAACUAGCGAAAAUGUAUCCACCGCGGAAUCAACCGAGUCCUCUGAAAGUCCUACAUCUACCGAAGAUGUAUCAACUGAUGAAUCGACAUCGACUACCGAAGCUGCUUCAACUAGCGAAAAUGUAUCCACCGCGGAAUCAACCGAGUCCUCUGAAAGUCCUACAUCUACCGAAGACGUAUCCAUCGAGGAAUGGACAUCUACCGAAUCAUUUGAAUCAAUUAGUGAAUCUCAGCUAACCAGUACUGAUGCAACGACUACGGUCUCCCAAAAUGGCACGACUAUUGAAUCGACGUCUUCUGAUGUUCCCUCAAUCAGCACCGCUGAAUCUGAAACUGUUGAAAUCAGUACCAUUACCACGCAUAAAUUGGUGACAGUAAUCAUCAGUACCGAGGUUUGUGAGAGCAAACCAUGUUCACCUUCGACCUACACAUCUGUCAGUACUUCUGAAAUAGUAACAUCGCAAACAAUCAGUCCUUCUUCCACUCCAUCCUCUUUCACCGAUUCUACAAUUCACAAUACCGAGACUGUUAAUUCUGAAACUUCGAGUGGCGAUUUCGAUACGAGCGUAACAUCAGAAUGCUCUGAUGAAGAUUGUAUGCAAAGUUUUACCACCUUAAAGCCAACUGUCUCAACAGAUUCAGAGUCUUAUGAUUCUCAUUGUGAUAGCUGUACAACAUCAGUCAUUCCGAUCACAACUACCGAUUCAUCGGGAAUUGAAACAACACAUAGCACAACAGCUGUAUUAUCUACUGUAACAACUACAACAAAUGGCGUAGUUACAGAAUAUACAACAUGGUGCCCACUGACAGAAACCACCUCAACUUCUUCGACACUCUUUUCCGUGUCAACUAGCGAUGAGGAGGAAAGUCCUAAAACGACAAAAACCACAUCUGUAUGCUCUUCUUGCGAAACAUCAGAAAUAUCAUUAACAAGUACAAAUUCAGAAGGUAGCACAACAGUUGUAACUACAAGCGCAGUACUUUCAACGGUUACAACAACAACAAAGGGAGUUGUAACUAUUUACACUACAUGGUGUCCAAUUACCGAAGAAGAUAUCACUUCUCAAUCUAGUACUACUUCCUCUGAUACUGCACAAGCAUCUUCAGUUUCUUCAACAACCUCAGGGAACUCUGAACUGCCUUCCUCCACUGAAACAACAAGCUCUGAAUCUCAGCUGUCCACAACUCUUACCGAGAAAUGCUCUGAAUGUAUUACAUCACACAUUCCUAUAACGUCAACUGAUUCGCAUGGAAGCGUCACAACCAAGACAACCAGCGCUUAUUUGUCAACAGUAACGACUACCACUAAAGGCAUUGUUACUGAAUACACUACAUGGUGUCCAAUAAAUGAGGAAUCCUUAACAGAAAGUACUACAAAGUCGACAUCAUCCUCACUAUCUGAACUUCCUUCAACAGAGGUUUCCACUGAAUCGACUGAGCAGUCAUCAACUGAAACUGCAAUUGAGUCAACUUCAUCAACUAAGAAGUCGUCAAUCGAAACUACUGCAGAAUCAACUUCUCCACGAACAACCGAGCAAUAUUCGACGGAAACCACUAUGGAGUCAACUGAACAAUCUUCCACAGAGACCACUACUGAAUCAACGUCAACACCCUCAUCAUCUGAGCAAUUUUCGACUGAGACUACCAUUGAUACUAGUGAAACUCCUUUGACUGAGACGACUGAGCAACCUUCAGAGACGGCAGUUGAGACAGCGUCAUCACCAACGUCUGAACAACCUUCUACCGAAACCACAAUUGAGUCAACUCCCUCAUCAUCAUCAGUACCAACUACUAAUUCAAUAACUUCAACAACUUCUGAAACACCAACACAAAGUUCAAUCACAACUGAAAGUACAGAUGAUACACAUACCCCAGAAUCAAGUCCUAGUCUCGAAACACCAGUGACAAUUGCUCCAAAGUGUUCCGAUUGUGUUACAUCUGAGAUUUCGACUGUUUCAACGGAUUCUACAGGCAAAGAGAUAACGUACAGCACAAGUGCUUUCUUAUCUACAGUGACAACAACGACUAAAGGUAUAGAAACAAAGUAUACUACUUGGUGUCCUCUAUCUGAGACAUCAGAGUCAUCAUCUAGUUCAUCUGUUACUACACCAUCUACUGGGUCAUCCUCGAUUUCAACCUCCGCUUCAUUAGAUUCUACCACAUCUGGAACAUCGCCAACAGAUUUUACCACUGAACUUCCCUCAGGUACCACGAUAGCACCUCCUGCUGAGAUAACAGUCACCUCAGAUGAACGUAUCACUUCCUCUUGGUCUUCUUCUACAGUUUUCACACCAACGACCCAGGAACCCUCAAGAGGAACAUCAGCACCUGUUGAGACAUCUUCUGCUAUUAAUUCUGAAGAGCCUGCGACAGUUGAAACAGCAGAAACAGUAUUACCGAAAUCAUCCACUGAAUCAACACCUAAUAUCAUUUCAACUGACACCGAAACAUCAUCUUCUGGAGUGACUAGAACUACACCAGCAACAAACGUUCCAAACACCACAAAUAAAGAAGAACACACUACCACCCUUGCUACCCCUACAUCACCCGUAUCAUCUUCUGUUCCGUCUUCAGCAGCUCCUUCACAAUCCAGCUCCGCACCAGUAAUAACAACUGCUACUUCUACUCAACAAACGUCAUCUAGUGUUCUGGUAUACGAAGGCAAUGGGAAUAUCGCCUCAGCAAACGUUUUCGUAACCCUAACCACCUUCGUGUUCUACUUCUUGCUAUGA